CCUAGCUUCAACCCCGCAUCCAGUAAAUACGGAGUACUUCACUAUGCAACAAAAUCCAGCAUCACAGACGACAUCUAAAGAUGGGUAUACCUGCCUUCUAUCGAUGGUUGCUCGACCGGUACCCUCGUUGCGCUGAGGCGGCCGUCGAUAAAUCCACCACGGUCGUUGACGGUGUUUCUGUCCUAAUUGACUCCACCACAUCGAACCCCAAUGGCUAUGAAUACGAUAACUUAUAUCUUGACUUGAAUGGGAUUGUACACCCUUGUUUUCACCCUGAAGGCUUGCCUCCCCCUGAUACUUAUGAUGCAGUGUUUAGGGCGGUAUUUAAGUACAUUGAUAGAAUCUUUUCAAUCAUUAGACCUCGGAAGCUUUUAUUUAUGGCUAUUGAUGGAGUUGCUCCACGUGCUAAAAUGAAUCAACAGCGUGCAAGGCGUUUUAGAGCUGCUAAAGAUGCAGCUUCUGGAAGAGAAAGUCUGAUUGGGAUACUUGAAUCAAAAAGUAAUGAUUUGGAUUCUAACGUAAUAACACCCGGAACUGAGUUCAUGGCUAUGUUGUCUUCUGCACUACAAUACUACGUAAAGAUUAGAAUGAAUGAGGAUCCAGGUUGGCAGGGAAUCAAGGUUAUUCUCUCUGAUGCUAGUGUACCAGGUGAAGGAGAGCACAAGAUAGUGUCUUACAUCCGUUUGCAAAGGGAUCUGCCUGGUUUUGAUCCCAAUACACGUCAUUGCUUGUAUGGAUUGGAUGCAGACCUGAUCAUGCUUGCGCUGGCUACCCACGAAGUUCACUUUACAAUUUUGAGAGAGGAUAUGUCCAAAAAACUUUCAAAUGAUAGAAAUUUAAAACAUAUGAAAUUUGUCCAAGAUGCAACACAUGGCAAUGAGCUAGAUAAUGUCAUAUCCGAACAGAAGUUUGAGAUUUUCAGAAUAUGGAUGCUCAGGGACUACCUAGCUCAUGAUUUACAAAUACCUGAUUCAGCAUUUAAGAUAGACCUAGAACGGCUGAUAGAUGAUUUUGUAUUAAUGUGUUUAUUUGUUGGGAAUGAUUUUUUACCACACAUGCCUUCUCUGGAGAUAUCAGAGGGGGCCAUCGACUUGCUCAUAAAUGUCUACAAGAAGGAGUUUGUCCAUAUGGGUGGUUACCUCACUGAUUCUGCUGAGGUUAAUUUGAAAAGGGUGGAGCAUUUCAUGCAAGCUGUUGGAUCAUAUGAAAACAGAAUCUUCAGAAAGCGUAUACAGGAAAAAAAGCGAUGGCCAAGACCAAUGCAACAUCAUUCUAUUAAUUCAGAUCCCAAAUGUAAUCAGAGUAAGAGCCUUGCAAAUUACAAGACUGGUCUGGAAGAUGACAAGGUUAAACUAGGGGAAAAGGAAUGGAAGGUUAGAUACUACGCGGAAAAGUUUGGAGUUGAAACUGUUGAAGACCGUGAGAUUGUUCGUAGAAAUACAGCUUUGAAAUAUGCUGAAGGAAUAUGUUGGGUGAUGCAUUAUUACUACCAAGGAGUCUGCUCAUGGCAAUGGUUUUAUCCUUACCACUAUGCUCCCUUUGCGUCUGAUUUACAUGGUUUCGAUAAGUUCCAUGCCACUUUCACACUAGGAGAGCCCUUCAAGCCUUUUGCUCAAUUGAUGGGCGUCCUUCCAGCUGCAAGUUCACAGGCACUCCCUUUUUCAUACAGAAACCUGAUGACAGAUCCACAAUCCCCCAUUGUGGACUUUUAUCCCCAUGAUUUUGAGCUUGACCUCAAUGGAAAAAGGCAUUCAUGGCAGGCUGUCUGUAAGUUACCAUUUAUUGAGGAAUUCCGACUUCUCCCAGCAGUAUCAAAAUUAGAGAGUACACUAACGGACGAGGAAAAGAGGAGAAACAGUCUCGGACUUGACAUGCUAUUUGUUCAUGGAUCAUACCCUUUAGCACGAAAUAUCUUAUCGUUCUUUAAACGUAAUGAGAAUAAUCCGAAACUGGCAAAGACAAAAUUGAAGAGGAAAAUCAACCCAAACAUCAGUCAUGGAAUGAAUGGAUACAUCUACAUAUCUGAUAAGCCAGCAUGUCCUAUGGAGAUGCAAUCACCGAUCAACGGCAUGGACAUGAUAAGAAACAACAAAGUAAUAUGCGUAAUGUACAAAGUCCCUGCAUUUCAUCCUCACAUUAGCAGACUGCCAGCAGGGGUAAUAUUACCUAAAAAGGCUAUCAAAAAACAUGACCUCUUGCCACAACCAAUUUUGUGGCAUGAGACGACUGCAGUUACUAGAGGGAGCCACAACCAACGUUUCAGCUUAAGUCCUAUGCCCCCCAAGUCUAUAUCGGGGUCGAGUUUGGCAAGGUUAGCUCAUCAUCUCGUCUUGGAGAAUAUUGCCAUGAAAAAGCAAAAAGCGAACGGAGUUCAUGUGGCAGUGCAUGGAGCAUCUUUGUCUAACCAGACACGUCAUGACAAUGAGAUGGUUGAUGAUGCAUGCAGGAAGAGGAAGAAAUCAAUGGUUAAAGGAGCACAUAUGUGCAAGAGGCAAAAACAUAAAAAUGGGGUUUACAAGGUAGUGAAAGCACCUUCGACAAAGCAGGCACGUCCUAAGAAUGAAAUCCUUGAUGAAUGUAUGAAAAAGCUUCAAGACAAUGCGGUUCACGAGACAGUGCAAACAUCACCUUUGACAAACAUGACUAUUCCUGACGAUGAAUGUUGCAAGAGCAAGCGGAUCAUUGUUAAUAAAGAGAGACACGCAAGAGCCCGGAAAGAUAAACGGGGUGCCCAAAGUGAUAUUGCAAGAACUUCUGACAAACCAGACAUGUCCUAACCUAGAAAUCAUUGAUGAUGAACAUCAUCUUCUCUUCGAAAAUCAUGUUGUGAGGAAGAAACAGGAAAAUGGUGUUCACGAAGCAGUGCAAGGAGCACCUUUGACUGACAAGACAUGUCGUGACUCCUGACCAUCAAAUCCUUGACCAUGCAUUUUGAUGCAGGAAAAGUAGUGGGACAUUCUUAAGAAAAUGAGAGGCGAAGGACAGAGACAAAACAAAAUAACAAGAUUUGAAGUGUUAAUGCUAGCUGCUAGCAAGUCUCACGGGAAGCAUGUGAUACAAAUCCAAGAAAAAUAUCUGAACCUCUAAUCUAGGUGUGCACUACCUUAGUUUUUGGCUCCUAAUUAUUUGUCACUCCAUUGUAGUGGAGACUGGAGAGUAAUUGACUCGCUUUCCAAUAAGUGAGAAAAUGGGUAACAAUUUUCUUAAGUCUCACUGAGUUUGUGAAUGCACCACAAUUUUUGUGUCCUUGUUUGUCAUUAAAUUAAUUUAGUGAGUAUAGUCUUCACUUUAA